UUAUCCUCUUGGGAUUCCCUCUCAUGACGUAUGCUUGCAUGGGGAUUGCCCAUUCGGUUGAUUGACAGAUAUAGCGCCGCCCAAAUUAAAGUCAUCCCAAGAAUCAAAGCCCCGAAGUCAACAACAGUCUUGGAGCUCUAAGGUCUAGAAAUAACCUUACUACAAACACGUCAAGUUUCCUUGUCCUAAAGUCGCGAUGGAUGCCAUAAGGUCGGCUGGAAGAGCUAUCAUUCGAAGUCCAAGUAUGGCGAAACGGUCUUGGAAUACGGGCAAACAUAAAAAACUUCCUGAGAACUGGACAGACAUGACAGAGACUGUUGUAGACGGCAUGACCUUUAACCUCCGUCACCUAGGCAUGACCCUGGUGGAUCAGCCCAAAGGAGAGGAACUAUCAGCAGCUGCCGUCAAGAGGAUUGUUGCCACGGCCAAAGCGGGAGGCCAGAAGCCUCAGAAGAUGUCUCUAAAGGUUUCUCCUCAGGGUUUAAUGCUGUACGACAGUCUAACCAGCCAGCUACUAGACACCAUCUCCAUAUACAGGAUAUCCUACUGCACGGCGGACAAGCUGCACGACAAGGUGUUUGCCUACAUCUCCCAGAACACCCUCAACGGAACACUGGAGUGCCACGCCUACCUCUGCCCCAAGAGGAAAGUGGCCCAGGCAGUGACUCUGACUGUAGCACAGGCCUUUAGAGUGGCCUUUGAGUUGUGGCAGGUUGCUAAGGAAGAGGAAGAGAAGAGAGUGAAGUCCAACUCAGCUGGAGAAGCAACCAGCAGCUCCCAGUCAGAAAGAUCAAACAACCUGCCUAGUCUCAAAGGAGGAAUCUCCGUAGAUGUUGCCACUGGUAACCUACUGGACCUGGAGGAACUGACUCAUGUUGCCGCAGUUCUGGAAACCAAUGGCAACGAGGAGUUCAAGGUGGACAACCACACUGCUCCCGAGCACAAUGAUGACAACAACACUGUCUGGGAAAUUGAGGAAGACUUGGAUGAAGCUUUUUCUAGACUGGCGGUAUCCCGUACUAACCCCCAGGUCUUGGACAUUGGGGUGACCCCCCUGGAUUGGCUGAUAGAACCUGACUGGGCCGAUGGGAACACACCCAACAAGAACAUGACCAAUAAGAAUGCAUCAAACAAGAAUACCACCAAUGGGGACGACUUCUUUGGCUUCUGAUCGACCACCAGAGGGCAACCAAGAGGCACAGCCUUUUUAGUCUUUGGCCUAAUCCCAAAUCAACCGCUAGGCCCUAUGCUGGAACUAUACUAUAUUGUGUGCACCUGUCAAGUCCUCUCAGAUCUCCACAAGUGCACAGGACACAGGGUCUAGGGGUCAAUUUCGGAUUGGGCCGUAGAAGAGUUGACUUUGGUUCCAUUCCAAACCGAUCCCUUGCCUCUGUCCUUAUUCCCUAGUUGACUCCCUCUCCCUUAUAGAUCUGAAAGGACUGCAUAGGUUGAGAACUUUGGUUGAGGUUCUAUGAUAUUGUAGAUAUACAUGGGGUCGCCAGGAAGAGUCUAUGGGUAGACGCUAGGGAUUAUGGGUAGACGCUAGGGAUUAUGGGUAGACGCUAGGGAUUAUGGGUAGACGCUCGGGAUUUGACUUGGUACCUUAUAUCUUUUUAUAAACUGGGUGCUUCAAGCCCUGAAUGCUGAUUGGCUGAAAGCCAUGCUAUAUCAGACUGUAUACCACGGGUAUAACAAAACAUGUAUUUUAUACUGCUCUAAUUACAUUGGUAACCAGUUUUUAAUAGCAAUAAGGCACCUCAGGGGUUUGUGGUUUAUUGGCCAAAGUACCCCGGCUAAGGGCUGUAUACAGGCACUCCAAAUUGCAUCGUAUACAUAAGAACAUCCCUUAGCCGUGGUAUAUUGGCCAUAUACCACACCCCCUCUGACCUUAUUGCUGAAAUAUACCACUCGGUGUGUCAGCCUAGAUUGUUUUGUUUACUUUGUUCUUUAAUUUACUGCAGUAGUAGACAGUAGUACUAUUUGGACCGUAAUCAGUAUUAUUUUUCUAUGUGUAUGUAUUUUGUGUCAGAUUUAUAUUUAAGCUGUAAGGCCAGUGUAGUAUAUGCCCAAUAUAACACGGCUAAGGGCUGUUCUUAGGCACGAUGUGACGCGGAGUGCCUGGACACAGCCCUUAGCCGUGUUAUAUUGGCCAAUAUACCACAAAACCCCUGAGGUGGCUUAUUGCUAUUAUAAACUGGUUACCAACGUAAUUAGAGUAGUAAAAAUAAAUGUUUUGUCAUACCGGUGGUAUACAGUGUGAUAUACCACAGCUGUCAGCCAAUCAGCAUUCAGGGUUCGAGCCACCCAGUUUUGAGAUUUGGAGUUAAACCAGUCUUCAUCUGUCACAGUAAAUAUGUAUUAUAUAUAUAUAUAUAUAUAUAUAUAGUAUUGAACAUAAACACACUCGGUACCAUAAAGACCAAGCAAGACGAUACAUUUAGGUACUGCUUACUUUCUGUAGUUGUAUUGGGCAUGCAUUCUUUACAUACUAGAGACUGGUUCAGUUGCCAUGAAACAGGAGAAAGCACUUUUUUUGAAAAAGAGGUACUUCCUGAAUUUCUUUCCAACUUGUUCGGGAACAAUUUUUUUCUGUUUUGUGCCUGCCUAUUUAACGUGACCCAGGAAAAGAGAUGUAUUGUAGUAAAGUUUCACCCUGUUCUGUUGGCUAUCUAUACAUUACAUUUUACAUUUAAGUCAUUUAGCAGACGCUCUUAUCCAGAGCGACUUACAAAUUGGUGCAUUCACCUUAUGAUAUCCAGUGGAACAGCCACUUUACAAUAGUGCAUAUACCCUUAUACCCAUAUACCCUUAUGUCCAAUACGCCAUGUAAUACUGUAUACCAGCAGAACUUUGAAUAUCAUUUUUUUGUUGUUAUGUAUAUGAAAUUAAACAGUUGUUUGGUCUA